AUGGUAAGCCAGAAUGUCAAUGACCAGCAGCGCAGAAAAAGUGACCAGAAGUGUGUCCUUAAGUUCCUAACAAUUCAUCGACCAAAGGUUAUUGUACUAGGAGCUGCCAAUGCGACCUGUAUACGGUUGAAGGAGGACAUCAAUGAGAUUAUUUCAAUGAUGUCUGAGGACAAUUUUCAAGACGUCAGUCAAGAGAUGAGUGGACCACCAGCAGUUGUAUUGGGGGACGAAGGCUUGCCGCAUCUCUAUGAAGAGUCUGAGAUAUCAACAAGCCAGUUCCCCAGACAAUAUGGCGUUGUAAAGAGAGCUGUGGCCCUUGGACGUUACCUUCUAAAUCCACUGGCAAUGGUUGCAACACUCUGUGGAGUCAAUAAAGAGGUAUCAUCUUGGAAAUUAAACCCUCUGGAGAGAUUCCUAUCAACUGAUGAGAAAAUGGAGAUGAUUGAAUGGAUCAUGAUAGAUAUUACUAACCAAGUAGGUAUAGACAUAAAUAUGGGAAUUAGACAUGAGUGGCUGUUGGCACCUUUGCUGUUUGUUUCUGGUCUUGGACCCACGAAAGCUGGUGUUUUGCACAGAGAACUACUUGGAGGUACAGAUGUGAGAAAUCGGAAGGACUUGGCCAAAUUUGGACUGAACACAAAAAGGGUUUUCUGCAAUGCUGUUGGUUUUUUACAGGUUUCUUGUGAUGAACCGAAUUUUAUUGAUACUGCUGGCAAUAUCCUUGACCGUACAAGAAUUCAUCCAGAGUCAUAUAGUCUUGCUGAGGAAUUAGCUAAAGCUGUUGUUACUAUAGAUUAUGCUGAUGCCAAUGAUACCCAACUGAAUGCAAUUGAAUGUAUUCAAAAUGAUCCAAAACUGCUAGAGAGUUUUGAUCUUAAUGAAUAUGCUGAUAGAAUGGAAACUGAAAAAGGUGAAUACAAAAGAGUUACUCUUUUUGACAUAAAGAUGGAACUAGUCCAUGGUUUUAAAGAUCCCAGAAGCCCUUAUCAGGAACCGACUCAAGAGGAUGAGUUCUACAUGGUAACUGGAGAAACAGGGGUUGCACUGAUUGAAGGAGAAAGAGUUCAGGCAACAGUUCGUCGUGUACUGGCUCGUCAGGCAUUCUGCGUGCUUGAAUCUGGAAUAUCUGGAGUACUGUUUAAGGAGGACUUUUCAGAUGAUAUUGGGGAUUUACCGUUGACAGAAAAAUUGCGCGAAGGCGUUGUGCUGAAAUGCAAGGUCAAACUAAUUGAUAAGAGUAGAUGCCAGGUUAAUCUGACAUGUAAAGUGAGUGAGUUGAAGAGUGUUGGUGAUCAAAGUUUCCACGACAUGGAUCCCUAUUAUUGUCAAGGGAACAUCAACUUGCUAAGUCAAAAAGAGUCGACAGACAAAAAGGAUGUAAAUAAAAAUUUCUUGUCGAGAAAAAUUUCUCAUCCCCAUUUUCAGAAUAUAACUGCAGAUCUGGCAAAGGAGUUCCUUGCAGAUAAGGCCGUUGGGGAAUAUAUUUUCCACCCAAGUUCAAGGGGUCUAUGUUAUUUGACCCUAUCUCUUAAAUUUUUUGAUGCACUUUAUGUACACAAAGACAUUUUGGAAGGUGGGAAGAGUGAUGAUAUGGAUAGCUUGGUUGAACUUGGAAGGACAUUAAAAGUAGGAGAUGAAAUAUUUGAGAGCAUAGACAAGGUUAUUGAGCUCUAUGUCAACCCAUUGGUAGUUCAUCUGAAAGAUUUGAUUAAUUUCCGAAAAUUUAAGAGGGGUACCAAAGCUGAAGUUGACGAACUGUUGAAACACGAGAAGGAGGAAUAUCCAAACAGGAUACCAUAUGGCAUUGGCAUUUCAUACGAGCAUCCUGGUGUUUUUAUAUUGUUUUACAUUAGAAGUACAAAUCCGCAUCAUGAGUUUAUUGCAAUUCAUCCAAAAGGAUUCAAAUUCAGGAAGCAAAUAUUCAACAAUGUUGAGCAGCUGAUGGCAUAUUUUCAAAAUCAUAUCAAUGAUACACGAGCAAAAGACCAAUCAAAAGAUUACAAUGACAGUGGGGGUGGCCGCGGCCGCGGUCGUGGUCGUGGUGGAGGUGGUGGCUCAUGCUACAAAUGUGGUGAGUCGGGUCACAUGGCUAGGGAGUGCACUCAGGAGGGCGGUGGAGGUGGGGGGAGGGGUGGUGGUGGUGGAACAUGCUACAAGUGUGGUGAGUCAGGUCACAUGGCUAGGGAGUGCACUCAGGAGGGUGGUGGAGGUGGAGGGAGGGGCGGUGGUGGUGGAACAUGCUACAAAUGUGGUGAGUCAGGUCACAUGGCUAGGGAGUGCACUCAGGAGGGUGGUGGAGGUGGAGGGAGGGGCGGUGGUGGUGGAACAUGCUACAAAUGUGGUGAGUCAGGUCACAUGGCUAGGGAAUGCACACAAGAGGGUAGUGGAGGUGGAGGGAGGGGUGGCAGCAGUGGUGGAACAUGCUACAAAUGUGGUGAAUCGGGUCACAUGGCUAGGGAGUGUACUCAAGAGGGUGGCGGAGGUGGAGGGAGAGGUGGUGCUGGAACAUGCUACAAAUGUGGUGAGUCGGGUCAUAUGGCUAGGGAAUGCACUCAGGAAGGUGGCGGAGGUGGUGGUAGAGGCGGCGGUGGUGGAACAUGUUACAAAUGUGGUGAGUCAGGUCACAUGGCUAGGGAAUGCACUCAAGAGAGUGGUGGAGGUGGGGGAUGGAGCAGCAAUGGUGGACAUAGAGGUGGAAGAGGCCGUGGCCGUGGCCGUGGUUCUAGCUAUAGUUCUUUAUCUCAUGAUGAUAGCGUUGAUGUCAAUGAUGGGGGUGGGUUUGGUACUUCAAGUGGCGGGGGUGGAUGGGGAGGAACUGGUGGUGGGGGUGGAUGGGGAAGAACUGGUGGUGGGGGUGGAUGGGGAGGGACUGGUGGUAAAAGUUGGGGUGGAAAUAGUACAAAUGAAGAAAGCAAUCCCGACAAAGGUGGUUUUGGGGUCACAGCUGCAGAUAAUGGUGGAUCUGGAAAUGAUAAUGGUAAAAGUUGGGGUGGAAAUAGUUCUAACAAAGAAAGCAACACAACAGAAGGUGGUUGGGGAGUCACAACUGGAUCUGGAAAUGAAACAGGUGGUACAAGUUGGGGUGGAAAUAAUACUAACAAAGAAAGCAAUGCAACAAAAGGUGGUUGGGGAGUCGCAGCUGGAUCUGGAAAUGAAAACGGUGGUAAAAAUUGGGGUGGAAAUAGUACCAACAAUGAAAGCAAUACAACAGGAGGCGGUUGGGGAGUCACAGCUGGAUCUGGAAAUGAAACCGGCAGUAAAAGUUGGGGCGGAAAUAGUACUAAGAAAGAGAGCAAUACAACAGAAGGUGGUUGGGGAGUCACUACUGGAUCCGGAAAUGAAAAUGGUGGUAAAAGUUGGGGUGGUAAUAGUACUAACAAUGAAAGCAAUACAACAGGAGGUGGUUGGGGAGUCGCAGCUGGAUCUGGAAAUGAAACUGGUGGUAAAAGUUGGGGCGGAAAUAGUACUAAGAAAGAGAGCAAUACAACGGAAGGUGGUUGGGGAGUCACAGCUGGAUCCGGAAAUGAAAAUGGUGGUAAAAGUUGGGGUGGUAAUAGUACUAACAAUGAAAGCAAUACAACAGGAGGUGGUUGGGGAGGCACAACUGGAUCUGGAAAUCAAAAUUCUGGAUGGAGUUCUGGUCAGGGGAAGAAUGCAGCUCCCUCUGGCGGUGAGAGUGGAUGGGGAGGGACUACUGGUGAGAGUGGAUGGGGAGGGACUGGAGGGAGUGGGGGUAAAAGUUGGGGUGGAAGUAGUACAUAUGAAGAAAAUAAUACAGCAGAAGGUGGAGGCAGUGGUGGACGAGGAAGGGGUAGAGGUGGUGGGGCGUGCUUCAAGUGUGGUGAGUCGGGUCACAUGGCUAGGGACUGCACCCAAGAGGGUGAUGGAGGUGGAGGGAGGGGUGGAGGUGGACGGGGAGGUGGUAGAGGUGGUGGGGCGUGCUUCAAAUGUGGUGAGUCCGGUCACAUGUCUAGGGAAUGCACCCAAGAGGGUGGUGGAGGCGGAGGAUGGGGAGGCGGUGGACGAGGAGGCGGAAGAGGUGGUGGGGCAUGCUUCAAGUGUGGUGAGUCAGGUCACAUGUCUAGGGACUGCACCCAGGAGGGUGGUGGAGGAGGAUGGGGAGGCGGUGGACGAGGAGGCGGAAGAGGUGGUGGGGCAUGCUUCAAGUGUGGUGAGUCAGGUCACAUGUCUAGGGAUUGCACCCAGGAGAGUGGUGGAGGUGGAGGAUGGGGAGGUGGUGGACGAGGAGGCGGAAGAGGUGGUGGGGCAUGCUUCAAGUGUGGUGUGUCGGGUCACAUGUCAAGGGAUUGCACCCAAGAGGGUGGUGGAGGUGGAGGAUGGGGAGGCGGUGGACGAGGAGGCGGAAGGGGUGGUGGGGCAUGCUUCAAAUGUGGGGUGUCUGGGCAUUUUGCGCGAGAAUGCCCAUCCAGCACUAGUUGA